AUGGAUGGUGGUGACGUUAUUGGCCAUGGAGUAAUGCAAGUUAACUCUGAAGCACACGAUGGGAUUUUUCAUGAGAAUGGUCGUGUUAACGAUGACGGUGAACUGGAUUUUGUUAGUGAUGGAUGCUUGGAUAAUGUUGAAUAUGACAACAGAGUUGUUGAUGAAGAUUCUGAGUUUGAAGAAGUUGAAUACUAUGAUGAAGAUGCGGAAGAAGAUAAUGAAUUUUACGGAUGUGAAUACGAUGAUGAAGAUGGAGAUGAUGAUGGCGAAUUAGAUGGUGAUGAUUAUGAUGACGAGAUAGGUUCCGGUUAUGUUAGUGGACACGAAUAUUGGAAUACAGAUUCAAACGGCGGUGGAAUUUCUGGGGAAGGAUCGGAAUGGGGUUCGGACAGAUUGAAUGAAUCGAUAUCUUCAGAUCAACUUCCAGACGAAUCAUUUGUUGUUGACGAGUUUGACGACAUUGCAAAUAUGGACAUGUUUAACUUGCAAUGUGAUGAUGUUUCGAAGCUGCAAUUUGGAAGUCUGGAAAUAGCUUACACAUGGUACUGUUGGUUUGCAAAGAUGAACGGUUUUGCAGUCCGUAAAGGUCAAGUUAUUAAAAAAAAGAGUGGAGAUGUUACUCAACAAACAUUUCUUUGUAACCUUGCAGGAUUUAGGCAAAACAAAGUAGAUAAUCGCAAACGUGGUCCGAGGCACGAAACCCGGUGUGGAUGUGAAGCAAAAUUUCGGGUUCAUAUUGAUAUAAUUUCACACCGUUGGUAUGUCACAGUUUUUACCUUUGAGCACAAUCAUGCAAUGUUAAAGGAGAAGCACUGCAGGCUGUUGGCAGGUAAUAGGAAGCUUAGUAAGUCAGAUAAGAUGCAAAUUAAGAAUUUUGGGAAUGCCGGAAUCAAAGUAACUCAAAUGAUUGGUUCAUUCGCUAAUGCUGCCGGGGGGGUAUGA